AUGGCGAGGGACGACGGGUUCCCGGUGUGGGAGGCGGCGCUGCUCGCCGGCGUGGCUGCCGUCUUCGCUGCGGGGCUGGCCGGCGUCUACGUCUCCAUGCCUCGCUCCGACUACAGCUUCAUCAAGCUGCCCCGCAACCUCCAGGAGCUCCAAGUCCUCACUGUCCAUCUGGAGGGCUACACCAGUGACUAUACCAUCCAGGUGCUGGUGGGCUACUGUGCCGUGUACAUCUUCAUGCAGACGUUCAUGAUCCCAGGGACCAUUUUCAUGUCCCUGCUUGCCGGGGCCCUCUUUGGGCAGCUCGGUGGUCUAGCCCUGGUGAUCUUUGCUGCCACUGCCGGUGCUUCUUGCUGUUAUUUCCUGUCCAAGCUUGUAGGGAAACCACUGGUCUUCUCGUUGUGGCCAGACAAGCUCACGUUCUUCCAAAAGCAGGUUGCAAAAAGAAGAGAGAAGCUGCUGAAUUACAUGCUUUUCCUGAGAGUCACCCCAACACUGCCCAAUACUUUCAUCAAUUUUUCUUCACCUAUAGUGGGUGUGCCAUACCAUACUUUCUUCUUGGCGACAGCCAUUGGCCUCAUCCCAGCUGCCUAUGUGACUGUCCGGGCUGGAAUUGCUUUGAGCGACCUGAGAUCGUUGAAUGACCUGUAUGAUCCACAGUCGAUAGCGGUGCUGUUCCUGAUCGGGCUUGUUUCGGUGACGCCAACGUUGCUGGGAAAGAACGAGACGCCAAGCAGAGCAUCAGACAUGGCAGCUAGCACCAACUGA